CCUCUUUCGACGGGCUUGCAGGGGUGGCGUGGGGUUGGGCAUUGUUCCUCAUUUGGAGACCUUAUUUCAGGGAUAUCCGCUAUUUAGAUGGGAGAAAUGCCCAUCGAGAGUGAACUUGUGCCACCACGGAAUCUCAUUGCACAUAUUUUGUCCCACGCGCUUCCGCCGCCACCAUGUCAAGUUUGACGACGGCUUCAAAGAUGGGAGAGGUUCUCCAGCUGGAAACUGAAAUCAACGUCAGCACAGGACAUGUCUCGCCCAGAACGAAGCCGUUCAAGCUUUGGAGCACGCUGGGAAUCGCGUACUCGAUAACUUCAACACCAUUAGCCAUCGGCACAUACCUUGCCGUUUCGAUCGGGGUCGGUGGGAGCCCCGUGAGCAUUUUUGGCUAUACCAUGGUUGUCAUCCUAGACAUGUGUGUCUGUGUCUCGCUGGCCGAGAUGGCUUCUAUUAUGCCUCACUCUGCGGGUCAAAUUUUCUGGACUGCUAUUUUGGCACCCAAACCUCGAGCACGACCAUUGAGCUACAUUGUGGGAUGGUUCACCAGCGCAGGCUACUUUUGCUGGACAGCGGCGUGCUUUCUGAUCACGUCGCAGCUCAUUUUUGCGUUGGUCGAGAUAUGCCGGACCACUUUCAUUGUUCAGCCCUGGCACUACUACCUGGGCUACGUUGGCACAGGGCUGUUCGCCGUUGUGAUCAACAUUCCUUUGUUCAAGUGGUAUCCAUACAUCCUCAACGGUCUUGUCGUUUACAUCAAUGUCGGCUCGCUAUUCGUUAUGAUUGCGCUCCUGGUCCGCGCACAUCCCAAGCAAAGCGCCGACUUUGUCUUCGUCGAUUUCGUCAACAAUACCGGCUGGAAUUCGAAAGGGGUUGUUUUCUUCCUCGGGUUACUCCCCGGCCUCACGGCAGUCAAUGGCUUUGACUGCGCGGCUCACAUGGCUGAGGAAAUGCCCCAUCCUCACCGUCAAGUUCCGCAAGUUAUGGUGCUGAGUGCACUGCUCAGCGCGAUCAGCGGCCUAGUCAUGCUUCUCGUUUAUAUGUUUUGCAUCACCGACCCCGCCAACCUCCUCGCCCCUGUUGGCGGCCAGCCUAUCGCUCAACUCAUGGUCGACUCCUUCAACAAUCUACCCAUGACUAUAGUCGGGGUACUUGUUUUCAUAAUCUGCUUCCUCUUCGCCUCUUCCACCUUACUGACCACCUUCUCACGCGUGCUUUGGUCCUUCUCACGCGAAGGCGGCAUGCCUUUCUCCGAUACCAUGGCCAGGAUGAACGCUGGAUCCUCGAUUCCGGUCAAUGCAGUUCUCCUUGGGUUCUUGGUCUGCGUACUUAUCGGCCUUCUCGAAUUGGGCUCCUCAACCGCCCUGAACGCCAUUCUCGGUGCCGGCAUCCUCUUCAUAUUCGCAUCUUACGCCAUCCCGAUUACCUGUGCAUUGCUGCAAUACCGGAGAGCAUUGGCUGCGACACAUUACUUUGACCUCGGCAAGAUUUUUGGGCCUGCUCUAAAUGUGAUAAGUGUGGUCUGGAUCUGUUUCAUCUUUAUCUGGCUUUGCUUUCCACUUUAUGUUCCGGUCACGGGCGUCACAAUGAAUUUUGCCAUUGUUGUCUUCGCCGUAGUCGCAGUGUUGAGCACCAUUAAUUGGUUUGCGUGGUCCAAUAAGCGUUUCAGAUGUCCAGAGGCAACGAUGCAGACUUCGAACAGAGAAGUUUCGGCCUGAUGACGGGUAGCGAAACUGGACUCUGGUUGGACAGUGAAUAUGCAAGCUGCGUCUCCGGGUUUUCUCUUUCGCAGCCCUUGGAUUGUUGGAACAGCACACAUUGCCCGAGAUGUCAGUAUGAAUCGUAGCGUCGUCGCGUACGGAGGCGUGCACCUUGUGGUGUUUCAGACGCUAGUAAUUAUUGUGCUUUGCAAAAUUCCGUAAAAACCUUAUUUUUUUGCAAUAUGCAAAACAUUCAACAAUCAUAAAAGCGGUGAGAACACAACGC